UUUGUAUUGUCUUUGAUAUAAACACAAUUAUCUUUCUACAAUUGAUAAGGGUUUUCAUUUACCUCCACAAAUAUUUAACAUUUAUUUUCACUUAACCUCCUGCCUCCUGUUCUGACUGAUGCACCUAUUUAUUCAUCUCCUCUUUGUCCUUUGCUCUCCUCUUCCUCCAGCCUGUUGGGCUGAAAUGCAAUUGAUGUAACCUACUGUAAAUACAGUCACAUCAGAAACCAUUCAGAUCAUUUUGCUCAUGUCACUCUAAUUAUAAUGUUUGGCUAUAAUAAUAUUUUAAUACUUGCAAAUCGAUUUAACAACAACAAUAACCAGCUUACUUUGCUGUUGUUAAACUAAAUUGUUGUGAAGCUAAUUUUUAUUUUUUUUCUGUAGUCAAAGUAUGAAUAUGAAGCAUAUAAUAAUGCGCUCUUCUGACCAUGCAUUUAAAUCCUUUUUUGCACAAAAACAUUGUGCAUUUUAUUGGAGCCUCCUGUUUAAACAUUAUGAAACAUCUCAAAGUAUGAAGAAAGUAGCCAGAACAAUUAUGGUCUGAUGCUUCCUCCAGCACAUUCAUCAAGCACUAAUAAAGCCACCUACACAAACUUUAUUUUAUUUUGUAUCUGAUGUAGAUUUUGUCCCAUCAAUAAAAGACAAGCGUUGUGACAUGUGACACACAGUACACAGGUAAGUUUAAGGGUAUGUACUGUAUGUGACUAAACUCAGCUCUCGGUUCCAAAAACACAGGUAACUUUCUGGGUAUGUAAGUAACCAUAGCAACAGAGUAAACAAAGCAAAGGGAUUGUGAUGUUUUUUGUAGUGUUGUUUUUACUAGCUUGACUAUAUUUUAAAGGACCUCAGUACUUCCCCAUAUAUUGCAUGGAAAUAUGAUCAGAUCAGACCUGUUUCUACUCUGCUGCUGAACUUCUUGUUUUUACAGCUCACUGAUCAGUAGCUCAUGAUUCUUUCCAUCCUGACACCAUGUCUUUUGUUCACGGCUUCUUUAUCCUCUACUUGUUGUUGGAGUUAACGGCAGGAGCGUUCUAUGGACAUGGCGUGGCCCGCUGCCUCUUCACUUCCACCGACAGCCAUGACGCCACGUACCUGGAGCAGUACUACUUUAACAAGGUGCUAAUGGGCCAGUACAACAGCUCUGUGGGCAAAAUGGUUGGCUACACAGAACAUUUAGAGUGGCUUAUAGAUCUGCUCAACGACAAUGAAGAGUUUAUGGAUCUUCUGGUGUGGAAAACUAAACGUUGUGUAAAAAGUGUCCCACUGGUGAUGAAUGGCCUUCUGCACCCAGUUGAGCCCUACGUCCUCUUGAGGUCAGUGAAGGAAGCCACCAGUGAACAUCCAGGCGUUCUCAUUUGCAGCGUGUACAACUUUUACCCCAAACAAAUCAACGUAACAUGGUUGAGUGAUGGAAAGGAGAUAACAUCUGGUGUGACCUCUACUGAUGAGAUGUCCAAUGGGAACUGGCUUUACCAGAUUCACUCACAUCUGGAGUAUAAACCCAGAGAUGGAGAGGAGAUCACCUGCAUGGUGGAGCACGCCAGCUUCAAGCAGCCCAAGCUUGUUGACUGGGAGCCUGCUACUGACCCAGGGAUGAUUAAAAUUGCUUUUACCACAACUGGUCUAGUGUCGGGUUUGGUGCUUUUCAUUUUUGCGUUGAUUUACUACAAACAGAAACAAGCAGUGCGUGUUUCAGUGCCGACAACUGAGGUUUUAUAUCCAGAAGACACACUCUGACUCAGAGGCCUGUAAGGUUCCACUGAUCAGGACACUUGUAUACGCAUGGCCAGUCGCCACAAAAUAUCUAGACCACUGUACAGUAGCAAGCUGAUGAAUAAAGACCUUUACUUUAAUGGUACAGUA